GAAGUAGUUCAAGUGCACAAUGAAUACCCUGCUCGCUCUGGUGGUUCUGAUGGUGGCGACCGUGUACGCGGCACCGGCCGAAAGUGAUGCGCAGGCAGCGAUCGUCAGCCAGACGUCCGAUGUGCAACCGGAUGGCUCGUUCAACUAUGCGUUUGAGUCGUCUAAUGGAAUCAAGGUUGAGGAUCAGGGCGCGAUCAAGUCGAUCAAGGUACCGAAGCUGGAUGACACCGGCCGACAGAUCGGCGAGGAGGACGUGCAAGUCGCUGUGCAAACUGGCUCCUUCCAGUACACCGCCCCGGACGGACAGAUCUACACGCUAAGAUACGUCGCUGAUGAGAAUGGAUUCCAGCCCCAGGCGGACCAUCUCCCAGUUGGUCCCAGUGUUCAGUGA